AAAGAGUUGUAAGCUAUAGAUUGGCCAAAGAAGGUUCUUUUCUGUAUCAAUCAAAAGAUUAUAUAUAUUGAAAACAAAAAACAGUUCUAAAUUAGAGCAUAGUGCAAAUCAUAGUGCCUACUGUACUAGUCUUUCUCUCUCUCUCUCUCUCUCUCUGGGUAUCUCUGUUUCUCACUUCUGAAUAAGCUACUUUUGUUGUUGUUCUUCUUCUUCUUCGAUUCCUCAGCUGCUUUGAACUUUGAAGCUUUAUUAUUACUUUUUUUGAGGGCAUUCCAUUUGAGGUCAUUUUGAUGCCUACGCCACAUGAACAUGAUUACAUAGGCUUAACAGAGCCUUCUACCAUGGAAAAAAGCUCUGACAAGCUUUCGUCGUCGUCUUCUUCUUCUACUCUUUCGGAUGAGAAGAGCUCUGCUUGUAACCUCAAAGAGACUGAGCUAAGGCUCGGCUUGCCUGGUUCCCAGUCUCCUGAAAGGAAACUGGGAUUUGGGGUCUCUCUUUUUGGCAAAGAUUUGGAGGAAAAGCAUAAUGGGUAUUCUCCAAACGUGUCAAAGAACUUUGAGUCUGGUGUUAAGAGAGGUUUCUCUGACACCAUUAAUGGCUCCUCUGACAAAUGGGUUUUCUCUGUCUCUAAUGGAUCUGAGGCUGAUUUGGGGAAAGGAGCUGUUUUUCCUUUUACUGGAGGUGGGCAUGGAGGGAAACCUCGUGGUGGUUUGGAGAACCAGCAGUCAUGCUCUUCUACACCAACCACCAAAGAGGUUGUUCCGAAGUCAGCACAAGAGAAGAAGCCACAAGCUGCUGACCACAACAGUGCUCCUGCUGCCAAGGCACAAGUGGUAGGAUGGCCACCAAUCCGAUCAUUUCGAAAGAACACCAUGGCUUCUAACUUGGCCAAAACUAAUGAAGACACUGAGGAAAAAUCUGGCUUGGGAUGUCUUUAUGUUAAGGUCAGCAUGGACGGUGCUCCGUACCUACGGAAGGUCGACCUUAAAACCUGUACUAACUAUCUGGAACUCUCCUUGGCUCUUGAGAAGAUGUUCAGCUGCUUUACAAUCGGGCAGUGCAGUUCUCCUGGACUUCCAGAGCGAAACGGUCUAACUGAGAGCCGUUUAAUGGAUCUUCUCCAUGGUUCUGAAUAUGUGGUUACUUAUGAAGACAAGGAUGGGGACUGGAUGCUGGUUGGUGAUGUCCCUUGGGAGAUGUUUACUGAUACAUGUAGACGAUUGAGGAUUAUGAAAGGUUCCGAAGCUAUUGGACUAGCUCCAAGGGCCAUGGAGAAGUGCAAGAACCGAAGCUGCUAAGCACAAAACACCGGCAGGACAAGACGGCAUUCUCCAUGGCUGCUAACCCCUACUUGGAUUCUAAGCUGGGUGCCUGUGAGAGAAUGUUACAUAUGUUUGUCACUAUGUUAGAUUUUGUGUAUUUUGUGCACUUUGAGAAUUUUCACAGCUUGAAGGAUUUCACUGGAGAUACCAUAUAUUAUAUACGUUUGUUUUUGCUGUUAUUUUCAUUUAUUGUAUCUGCUUCAUAAACUCUGUUUAGUGUGUAAAUGUAACACUUUGCUGCUUCCAGAACUCUGUGCUUCUGAAAGAGAAAUAUAUAGUAUUAAUAUCUUUGGGUCCAUAGGCAUUAA